AUGAGGUGUCUUGAAGAGGAUUUAAUAAUCGUACCAGAAGUAACCAACAAAACUGACGAUCCUUUGGUGACUUCACAAUCACAAACAAUGCGAUCAGAAUUGCUUCAAACUGAAGCAAGUUCCUAUGUUGAUUUGCUACCAUCAAGUUCAUCAAUCGUUUCAUUUCCUUUACCUCAGCGUAUUAAGGCUUAUCGAGGCUCGUCAGCACCAUUGAGUCCGUCUAGUGACUUACAGAAAGAGAAGAUUGAUCAAUUGAAGACUGUCAACGAACGACAGCGAAAACAGAUAUAUAGAUUAAAAUACCAAAGUGCUAAAUUAAGAGAAUAUGAACAUAUAAGUAAAAAUAAUACUGAAGAUAUUAAACAAAGUGAAUCAGACACUAUAAAAACAAUUAAAAAUAAUGUGGAAGAGGACAUCAUAACUUUUCUUGAAGAAGAUGAAAACAGUCCUGAUCGAAUAGUUGCUCAAGGCAAUGAUAUCACAAGCUUAUCAUCAUUGAUGACUCAUCUGAAAUCUGUUCAAGGUAUUAUAACGAAAUCUAUUGACGAUUCCGGUAUUUAUGAAAAAGAAUUGCUAAUUCCAUUCAAUCUCAAGCAAUUUGCAGGGACUAUGAAAGUACAUCAGGCAGUAUGGAACGCCAAUAAGCCCAACCAACUAUCGAUGAGAAAAAUGAGUUGCGCCGAAGGUGAAUGUAAAAAUAAUUCUGUGUCAUGUGAACAUGGGUAUCAUGUAGGAUUAUACAUCAUAGGCGAGCAAGCUGAUAGACUGUUGACUGAUAGAACGAACAAGAACAAGAGUGACAAGAUCAAUCUGAUUAAAAAGUCAAGUCAAGCCAAAAAAGGGAGUGGAGUUAGUGCAACUGAAUCUAAUAAGCCUCAAAUUUUAUCGAAUAUUCUUAUUCAACCUGGUUGUAGCUAUUCUGUUGAUCUUGCUGAUGAGUUCUAUGAAACCAAAUAG